CCGCCUUCUCUUUCACACGAUUGGCCGAGCCGUGGGAAUAUUCAAAUACGGCUGUGAUUGAUUGGCUCAGAGCCGGUUUCAACAGCGCAAUGGGACUCAAUUCCAUUCCGACAUCACUCUCCGUGGCACACACUGCUCGGUCGGCGGCCGGGAUGAGACACAAGCUGCACGGGAAACCGUAAUCGGUGAAAUUAUCUCCUACAAGAGUGUUGAAUAUGUCGAGGAAGUGCAGUUAAUGGAGCCAGCUUCAUCCAUGGAUAUAUCUCCGGAGGUCUCCACUGCGCAUCGCGAAAUCUGUGGCCAAAUUGCUUUUGCAGAGGAAAUACGCCUUCCGAGCAGGAGAACAACCAAUCAGCCGUGGCGAACCAAAGAUAAACAAGCCUUAUGAUAAGAGAAAACUCUCAGGUUAACCCAGGCUGUGUGCAGCCCUAGUGAACUAUCAUGCUGGCCUGUAUCCAGAGACGGCAGACUCUCUCGUCACAGCGUCUAGCCUGCACACCCAAAAGCCUUGAUGUCCCACCACCACCAUUACUGCUGUCAGUACCUCCACUGCAGCCGUGCACCCACAAAGGUGAGCCAGCCUCCAUGAUUUCUCGGUACCCUUCUCCUGCAGAGUUGGACGCUUUUGCCCAGAAGACCGCCAACAGCCCGCUGUCCAUCAAAAUCUUUCCAUCUGACGUCCGGGUGCCACAACAUAAACAGCUUAACAAAACAGUCAACGGUUUAGACACCACAGGCCCACGCUAUAGCCCCUAUUCACAGCCGUUCUCAGGAGGCUACCAGGGUUUAUUGGCCGUCGUCAAAGCCUCUGUGGUGGUCAAAGGUGUGGUGAAAAACUCUGAGGGCAGAAGGACUAAACAUGCAAACACCCAGAUUUCUGUGGCACCGUAUAAUAAUCCUCUGAAUAAUGGCUACACAGUCAGACAUGGGCAUAAGGCCUAUCAUAUAAGCUCAUGUAAGCCCCCUGAUGUUCCUAUUGAGACACUUUGUUCUAGCGCAGGCAUGGCCUCCGGAGAUCAGAGCCUGGCCCCCCAGACUGAGCUGGCAGAGGUUCAAAGCCUGAUGAGGCAGAUGAGCAGAGUUCCCCACAGCCAGGCCCUGCAGCUGGGGGGAGAGGCUCGAGCCAGCCCCUCUCUGCAGGCUGUGGCUGCAGUGGCACAUUCAGACUCAGACUUUGUCCUGGGAGUGCCGCCCCAAAGCAGUCUGGCAUUCACAGGGGCGGUGAUACCUACACAGAGUGCAGACAUAGCCAAAGCUGGGUACCUAGAGAAAGGAGACUACACAGUGUGGCAGCAUAAACAUCUAAUGCAGCAGCAGCAGCAGUCCUAUCAGCAGGGAGCAGUGAGGAUGUACAGAGUGAGUAACGGUGCUCAGGGGCACAGAACAGCAGAGGCUGGCCAGCCUCUUGAAACCUGCCUCCCUUUGAGGUGCUCCUCACAGCUGUCGUAUAGACCGCAUCCUGCCAGUGUGCGUGCUGGGCAGGAGCGACUCAGCACCUCCUCUCUGAACUGUGCCGCCAUGCAGGGGGAGUUCUCGGUCGGACAGUACUUCGCUCCUCUCUGGGACGGCGUUGUGGCCACCCCCACUAGCGACUGUUAUACUUCUCAGGUGCUGGCAACGGGUACAUGCGCAGCCGGGCCUAGAGAUCUGGGGCUCUCCCACCCCCACCUCCACCCAAACCGCCACCAACACCACCACCCACAGCGCCUCCAGCCGCAGCUCCACCCUCCCCUCCCUCCUCAUACCCAGGCCUACAGCACAGACCAAAACCUCUGUUGUGGUCUGCCUAGUUCUAGCCUGUGCCACGCUGCAGUACUUAGCAGCAGCCUGCAGUCUCUGGAGUGCCUCAUCAGUGAGAUCCACCCUCCCUGCAUCAAAGAGCGCAUGCUGGGCCGUGGGUACGAAGCCAUGGGGAUGCCUCAACUACUGGAGCACCACCAGCAAACCCACAUCCAGCUCCCCGUCUACAGAUAAGAGGCAGCGCUGCAACAGAACAGGGCGCAGAAGUGACAAACAUUUUAUAGACGAUGGAAGUGUGUCGGUUUAGACAUCUAUGAAAAUGAGACAUGCCUUUUUAGUCUGUGCAUGUACUGUAUUUGUAAAAGGCUUUGUGUUUAUAAGCCUGAGAAGGUAAAUGAUAAUCAUGACUUAAGAUACAGGUUUAUCUUAUUGACUUUUCAUGUUUUAUUUUUAUAUCUUAAAUGGCCAUCAAAUAUGCCUGCUGUUCCUCAUUUAAUACUGAUGCUGAGCACCUAAUCAGAAUUUCCCAUUACAUUUCAUCAUGGACUGUAUAUUUUGCAGGUGGUUCCUCUGUAGGCCUUUAUAAAAAUGGAAACUUGUGGAACUGUAUUGGUACCCUUCUAAAACAUUUACUUGAAUCUGGGAAUGAUCACCAGUAACAGUUUUUGUGCAUAUAUUGUAUAUUUUUACAACAAAAUGGCUUCUUAUUUCAGAGGGAACAAUUCUUUAAUUAUUAACUGAACCUUUGGUUGUCUGCUGCUUUGUUAUGGAUUUUUUUUUUUUUUUUUUUUUACUUUUCAGUGACAUAAACAGCACCUGAGCUUCUGCUAUAUGAUGAAAAUUUCCUGGCCACUGUUUGGGGAAAUAUUUUGAUAGUUUGCAUACAAAUGUGAACCUAUUUUUUGUUUUGUUUUGCAGUCAUUCAAGUUAUGUAAUUUAACAUUUUAAUUGAUUCAUUGUUGUCGUGCUCAGCACAUUGUAUUAGGACUGUUGCAUAUCCAAAUCAACACUGUGGCAAUUCAGGCCAAGCAAGAUGCGCCCUUGGGUUGUAUUUUUGUUUGCAUUUUUAUUUUUAUUUUUAUUUUAAAGGGUUGUGUGCACAUUCUUCUUGAAUGAAAUUUUGUUUUUUCUUUCUCUGGAUUGUUGUGACACUGUUACACAACACCUGGGUAUGACGGAGUGCCACCUGAAUCAUUUACGAUAUGUUCUUUGUAGGGCUAUAUUAUCUCUGAUGGUGUGAUGUAUGACUGAGUAGUUCUUUGUGUGUCUGCACUGGUUCUGUAAUACUAUUUAUUUAUGUCAGCCUGUUGAAUUAUAUGGCAAACUGUCUCUAUAAUUAUAAAGUGCAAUUAUUAUAUAUGAACACGUGAGCGCUCUCCAUGAAGUAUUUUGUUGAAAUAACUACAUUUUGCAAUGUAUGACCCUAAUCCCUCACCCUUUUUUGCCUCUUCUUAAUAAGGAUUGUCAAGUAAAUGAAAUUUUCUAAACCCAGCAAA